AUGCACUCGGUUUACAGGGAUCAGCGAGCGACCAUGCUGUGGAAACUGGUGGAAAAUGUCAAGUAUGAAGAUAUAUAUGAGGACCGUCACGACGGUGUGUCGAGUCACAGCUCCAGACUAUCCCAACUGGGCUCCGUGUCGCAGGGACCCUACUCCAGUGCGCCGCCGCUGUCCCACACGCCUUCCUCGGACUUCCAGCCGCCAUACUUCCCGCCGCCCUACCAGCCCCUUCCAUACCACCAGAGCCAGGACCCUUACUCUCACGUGAAUGACCCGUACUCCCUCAACGCCGCGCUUCAUCAGCAGCAGCAGCACCCAUGGGGCUCCCGCCAGAGGCAGGAGGUGGGAGGAGAGACCGCUUCGCUCCUGCCGCAGCCGCGCGCCUCUCUGCCCCAGCUCUCCGGGCUUGACCCGCGCCGGGACUAUUCCUCUGUGCGCCGACCGGAUGUGCUUCUCCACUCGGCCCACCAUGGCCUGGAGGCCGGCAUGGGAGACAGCCUGUCGCUGCACGGCCUGGCGCACGGGAUGGAGGACGUGCAGACUGUGGAGGAUGCCAACAACAGCGGCAUGAACAUACUGGACCAAUCUGUCAUUAAGAAAGUUCCGAUGCCGCACAAGAGCGUGGCCUCUCUCAUGAUGAGCAAGGACGGCCUCAUCGGCGGCAUCAACCUCAACGUGAACGAGGUGUUCUGCUCGGUACCGGGCCGCCUCUCGCUGCUUAGCUCCACGUCCAAGUACAAGGUGACGGUGGGUGAGGUUCAGCGGCGACUCUCCCCUCCUGAGUGCCUCAACGCUUCUCUGCUGGGCGGCGUGCUACGAAGAGCCAAGUCAAAAAACGGAGGCAGAUCACUGAGAGAAAAGUUGGAGAAAAUCGGCCUGAAUUUACCUGCUGGAAGACGCAAGGCUGCGAACGUCACUUUGCUGACGUCAUUAGUUGAAGGGGAAGCUGUUCACUUAGCACGGGACUUUGGCUACAUCUGUGAAACAGAGUUCCCCACCAAAGCUGUCUCCGAGUACUUGAACAGACAACACACAGAUCCCAACGAGCUCCACUCGCGGAAGAAUAUGCUGCUGGCUACAAAGCAGCUGUGUAAAGAGUUCACCGACCUGCUGGCCCAGGACCGCACGCCGCUGGGCAACUCGCGGCCGUCGCCCAUCCUGGAGCCGGGCAUCCAGAGCUGCCUGUCCCACUUCAGCCUCAUCACGCACGGCUUCGGCUCGCCCGCCAUCUGCGCCGCCCUCACCGCCCUCCAGAACUACCUGAGCGAGGCCCUCAAAGGCCUGGACAAGAUGUUCCUCAACAACCCCAGUCGGCACGGGGGCAGCGGCGGCGGAGGAGACAAAGAGGAGAAGCAGAGGAAAUGA